AUGUCUUCGGGAUUCGUUUCAGCCGGAACCAACGAGCAGCCGAUUGAGCGGGAUGAUGAGUGGCUCAAAGCGCAACAAGAGCUAGAGGAGGAGCGGAGGCGAAAGGCCGAGAUAGGCAAACAGGAUGACGGCAAAAGUCUCUUUGAGGUCCUGGAGCGCAACAAAAUGGCCAAACAAGAAGCCUUUGAGGAGAAAUCCCGACUGAAGAACCAAUUCCGUUCGCUGGACGAAGACGAGGUUGACUUUCUGGAUUCCGUCCUGGAAUCAACAAGAGCUCAGGAGGCUGCGGUGAAGCGCGACACGGCUGAUCAGCUCGAGGUUUUCCGGCGACAGCGCGAAGAGGCCGAAAAGGCUCUACUCGGACCGACCUCGUCGGAUGUUACACCUGCGGAGGAAGAGGAAUGGACUGCGCCGGCGCGCAAGAGGCGCCGCGACAAGCAGAAGGAUCUUCUGAUUCCCGGGAAAAAGCGCAAAGCUUCGUUGACCGAGAAAAAAUCCCAGGAACCAGAUGCACAGAAGCCUGAAGCUGACCGUGGAUCAAAGCCUAAGCAGGCAGCGCAACAAAAUCCCAAGCCCAGUGAAGUCGCCGCCUCCACACCCUCCAAGACUGCUGCGAAACCCGAACAGAGUCAACCACAAAAGUCACCGGUGAAACCAGCCCCGGUCUCGCUCGGCCUGGCGGGAUACAGCUCUGAUUCAGAGUGA